UCUCAAGUCAUUUGUUAUGGCCAGAUCCAGGUUGUAGAGGCUUGAAUCAGAGCUAAAAGCACUGAUGAGGGAUUGGAUGAGCUGCUGGUUGGAUAGAAGAAAGAAAUGUGUCCGAUUUUGUGUUUCUGCGAUGAUUCCUUGGACCUUUCUGUGCUCGUUUGUGAACUCUUGAAUUUAAUUUUUCUGCCCAUCAUCCACCUGAGAUGGUUGUUUUUUUAAUUUUGCAGCCGGUGUGGACGACAAAGCACAGAAACGUCAUAAAGCAAACAAGCUGAUUGGACUUAUUUCCACACUUAAUGUACACAUACAGUACAAACAUCUCUCUGUUGCUGUUCCCUUGCUUGAUUUUCUUGCAUCACUGUCAGUUCACGUCCGUAUCACAUAAAAGUUACGUCAUCGCAAGAAGAGUCGCGAGCAGUUUGGAGACGAGUUUAAAUGCCUCUGGGCGUAUCUGCGUUUCAACACGGGCUUAUUUAAACUGGCAUUAAUUUUGUGAGGACUCGGUAAAAUCAGAGAGGGUUUGCGUCGGUCUUGAGGGAGGUUUUUUUCUUGUUCCGAUGAGGCAGUUUCAGGGCAGAGUCGCUGAUGACCACAGAAGAAGUUGUGAUUGUAAAAACAAGAGUGACGGACGGAGAGACGUGUGAAUCCAAGACUCUGCUGCUCUCAGCAGCGUGUCUGCAUCUGUAACAGCUGACAGAUUCGGCCUCAAACUGCAAACAUUUGCAAGAAAACAUAUCAAUCACAGAGACGGAGUGUGUUUUUUCUCAGGGCUCAUCUCUUUGUCACAACACGCAAAGAGGGCUUCUAGAUGGAGCUUCGAGUAUCUGCUGUGCCAGGUGUUAGGAUUGCAUCUAGUGACUAUUACUGUUGUCAAAUAAUCUGUUCAUUAUUGUCAAGUUGUUCUCAAUCAGUGUUUCCCAAACCCCAAGAAGACGUCCUCAAAUGCCUCGUUUUGUCCACAACCCAAAUGUAAUCAGUUUUCUGUCAUAGAGGAAGAAAGAAAGCAGAAAAUACUCAGAGAAUCAGAGAGCGUGCAGCUGUAGUUGGAGGUCGGUGUACGACGGUCAGGAACAUGGCCUCUUCAUGGAGAAGCUGGACGCUCGGAUCAGGAACCAUGACCGAGAGAUCGAGAAGAUGUGUAACCAUCACUUCCAGGGGUUCGUCGACUCCAUCACAGAGCUGCUCAAAGUGCGAGGGGAGGCGCAGAAGCUGAAGAGUCAGGUGAUCGACACCAACAGACGUCUUCAGGAUGACGGCAAAGAUCUCACCAGCUCCAUGGAGGAGCUGCAGCAGUGUCGGGUGCAGCAGAGAAACAUCGCGACCACCAUCGACAAACUGACGCACUGCCUGCCGGUCCUGGAGAUGUACAGCAGACUCCAGGAGCAGAUGAGGGCCAAAAGGUACUACCCGGCGCUGCGGACAUUGGAGCAGCUGGAGCAGACGUGUCUUCCCCGGGCCGGUCAGUACCGCUUCUGCUCCAUCAUGGCUGAAAACAUCCCCAAACUGAGGAUACAGAUCCGCGACACGGCCAUGUCGCAGCUGAGAGACUUCCUGGAGAGCAUCCGGAAACACUCGGACAAGAUUGGAGAGACCGCCAUCAAACAGGCCCAGUUGCAGCGCUCUCUGGACAGCUCCGUCUCCACGCAGCCCAGAGCCCUGAUCAGCCGACGCGGCAGAAAGGAGGCGGCGGCAGCAGCGGCGGCACUAGGAGCCGGGACAGACAGCGGCGGACAGGGUGGCAGUCCGCUGUCAGAACAGGACUCUGGCAUCCUGGAUGUGGAGGAUGAAGAGGAGGACGAUGAUGUCCCAGGAGCUCACGACUUGGUGGACUUCUCUCCAGUUUAUCGCUGUCUGCAUAUCUACACUGUGCUGGGUUUGCGUGAUGUGUUUGAGAACUACUACAGAAAGCAGAGGAGGAAACAGGCUCGCCUUGUGCUGCAGCCUCACUCUAACAUGCAUGAAACUCUGGAGGGAUACAGGCGGUAUUUCAAUCAGAUUGUCGGCUUCUUCGUAGUGGAGGACCACGUCCUUCACACUACACAGGGUUUGGUCAACCGAGCGUAUGUGGAGGAGCUCUGGGAGUUGGCGCUGUCCAAAAUCAUCGCUGCCCUGAGGACGCACUCUUCGUACUGUGACAACCCUGACCUGGUGCUGGAUCUCAAGAACCUCAUCGUCCUCUUCGCUGAUACACUGCAGGGUUAUGGUUUCCCAGUGUCACAGCUGUUUGACAUGCUGCUGGAGAUGAGGGAGCAGUACGGAGAAAUCCUGCUCAAGAGAUGGAACAUCACCUUCAGGCAGGUGUUGGACCAGGACAACUACAGUCCGAUCCCGGUCUCGACUGAGCAGGAGUUUAAACACUACACCUCCCAGUUUCCCCUGCAAGACCCCGAACUGGAAAAGCUUCCGUUCCCCAAGAAGCUUCCCUUCUCCGAGUUUGUGCCAAAAGUGUACUGCCAGCUCAAAGAGUUCAUCUACGCGUGUCUGAAAUACUCCGAAGACCUGCACCUCAGCUCUACGGAGGUAGAUGAUAUGAUCCGCAAGUCGACAAACCUGCUGUUGACCAGAACCCUCAGCCACUGUCUGCAGUACGCCAUUAAGAAGAAGAAUGUCGGGCUGGCAGAGCUGGUGCAGGUGAUCAUAAACACCACCCACCUGGAGCAGAGCUGCCACUUCCUGGAGGAGUUCAUAUCAAACAUCACAAACGUCCCGCCUGACACGGCGAACGCUACCAAGCUGUACGGGACCUCCACCUUCAAGGACGCUCGUCACGCGGCCGAGGCGGAGAUCUACACCAGCCUGAACGCCAAGAUCGACCAGUUCCUGCAGCUGGCUGAUUACGAUUGGAUGGCCGCGGUGCAGGGAGGCGGGACUCUGGACACCAGCGACUACCUGAUCGACCUGAUCGCCUUCCUGAAGAGCACCUUCAGCGUGUUCACCAACCUGCCUGGUAAAGUGGCCCAGACGGCCUGCAUGUCGGCCUGCAAACACAUCUCCACCUCCCUGAUGCAGCUGCUGCUCGACCAGGAGGUCCGACAGAUCUCCAUGGGAGCUCUGCACCAGAUCCACACCGACGUCAAGGAGUGCGAGAGUUUUGCCAGAGCCGGCCCGGUCGCAGGCUUCCAGGGUGACACGUUGCUUCUGGCCUUCAGUGACUUGAGACAACUGCUGGACUUAUUCACGCAGUGGGAUUGGUCCACCUACCUGGCUGACUACGGGAAACCGACCUGCAAAUACCUGAGAGUCAACCCACACACUGCACUGGCCCUGCUGGAGAAGAUGAAGGAGACGAGCAGGAAGAACAACGUCUUCGCCCAGUUCAGGAAGACGGACCGAGACAGACAGAAACUCAUCGACACCGUCAUCAAGCAGCUACGCAACCUCAUCGCACAGCACCACGCCUAGAACAUCCGGCCCGAUGACUUCACCCAUCCGUUCAACCCCCGCGACCAUCGGCCGAUCUAUGCACCUUAACUUCACUCGACAGCCGGAGCCACUUCCCAUCAGUCAUCUUUAAAACCUCGGAUAACAAACUCAUACUCUUAAAUCUCAUUGGUUAAUUCAUGCAGCUGGGCCAGGACUUCAGCUUCACUUCAUCGACCUGCCAUUUGACUGAAACACGAAUCGUAUCAGGCGUCGACCAAGCGAUCCUGUACGUUCCUGCCCCGACUGAAGCAAAAGUCAUGUUGGCUUUUCAAAGUUUCUCCCUGGAAAUUAGAUCAAUUAAUCUUUGAAAAACAAACUGAAGCUGCCCUGCAAAAGUUAAACUGCCUCAAGACAAGGAAGCAAAGAAAUACAAGACGUCCUACGAGCUGCAUUUAAAGGAUCAGUCUGGUGAUAUUCUACAUUUUUAUAUUGAUAAACGUUUGUUUUGAUUAAAUCCCUCCGACAAUGUGCCGCUCUUGUAAAUCGACUGGAGCAGUAGUGAUCCCCAACGAGAAGUUCUUCUUCAGGAAGUCUCUGGAUACGUAGAAGAGCUAAAUUAAGGUCUCAGGAUGUCGUAUUGUGUUUAUAAAGGCCAUGUUUCUAAACUUUCUAAAGUCAUGGUUACAGACUCUUUCCUCCUCCCGACACUCGUGUUUGGAGGGUAACUUAUCUGCCAAAAAAAGACAAAACACAGGAAAAAAGUUAAAAGAUCAAUAUGAAAGUAGCACAAAUGCAACCUGAACUUUUUAUAGGCCAAUGAUAUCAAACCUCAUGCUGUUAAAUAAUUGUGUAAAAUGUUCAAAUAAACACAUGUAAUGAUGAUAAAGUCGUUCUUAAAGUAAUCUGACAAAGAAGGUUGGGAACAGCCGGGCUAGAGCACCAAAAUGUGGAUUCAUCCACCCCUGAAAAUAGUCCCCAACAACAGCACUUUUCACUCACGUUAGAUAAACGUCUAGAAAUUUACUGAGUUUUUUUUUUAAAGGUUAGUCACAACUAAUAGGCUCAAGGCCGACAGCCACAGAGCGUAUAGGGACGUAAUGACGUUAGUGAGACGGAUUAGCAGAUUUUUUUUAGUUUUAGCAGGAUUUUCUUGACAAAAAGAAAAAUGUAGAAUAUCACCAACGUCAGCUUUGAGUUUCUGGGUUUGAUCGGGGACAUUUCAGGUCUGUGGAGAACAAAACAAGAUAAAAAUUAGCAGCUAAAAAAUAAAAGCAGAAAAGACGCCAUGAAAAUAUGCAGUCGUGGUAGAAAUCCUCCUGCUUCCGUUAGCGAUAAAAAAACUCAGUCGCUCUAAUUCGGUGACUGGAUGCGAUCGGGCCUCGUCUUCCACGUCGUGGCUCAGACGACAAAACAUACUGAAUGUAGAUCAGAGAGGGACGUCUUCCUUGUUUCAGUCCUGCAGCCAGAAAAAAGCACUGGAGAAAAAACACGUAUGAACAGAAUGUUACUCAACUCAAAUGGAGGGGGGGGAUAUUCACGCAAACAUGGCAACCCUUUCCCUCCCUCUCCCUCUCUCUCUUAAUAAACAACCUGCGAACACUUGAAUGGCUGCUCAGACCUGGCAACUUAUGUAUCCCCCUCUUCCUUGACGCCGGAGAGGCUCGCUGCGUGUUUUGGGGGGAUGAUGACGCCCAAACAUGGCAACCCAAACGGGGGAUGUUGCCCUUUUUUUUUUUUUCUACUCUUCGUGUAUAAAUAACUGGGUCUUAAAAGAGGGGGAGAACGCCCCAAUCUGGCAACCGCUACUAAUUAGUGUAGAAGUCGUCGUACUAAUUGCCAAGCACACACACUCUUUAUGUCUUCCAUGAACAUACGCCAAGAUGUGUGUGUGUGUGUGUGUGUGUGUGUGUGUGUGUUGUGGCUUCCUGUACACACACACACACACUUUUGUUUAGUUGAAGCACAUAAUUACAUUCACACUAGAUAAUUUUUGAACUAAUACGGAUCUUUUUGUUGCUUUUUGUUUUCUUGAACUUGGGUGCAAUAAUAGCAUUGGAAACUGCAGCUGUGUGUGUGUGUGUGUGUGUGUGUGUGUGUGCGCGCUUCAUAAAGGGAUUCAAACCUACAGUGUGUGUGUGUGUGUGUGUGUGUGUGUGUGUCAGAAGGGAAUUAAAGUCUUCCGCUUCCUCUCUGUUCGAUCAGUCGUUGGAUUCUUGCAUCGUGUGUGUUUCAGUGUGUGUGUGUGUUCACUCGUGCAUGCCGGCACUGUGAAAUCAAGUGUGUGCAUUUAUGAUGUGUGUGUCUUUGUGUGUGUGUUUCAUCCAUCCUCAGCUGUUUAUCAUUUCUAGGUGUUAGUAAAGGGAAUCGGGCCGUUGUUAUUGAAUGUGCCUUUGCUGUAUUUUGUUGUAUUUUUAUUUUUUUUCCUGCCAGAGCGGCGACACUCGCGGUGUCAAGAGCCUGGAUGCAUCAACGACAAAAGUCUAAACAGUCUUCUUACGAGCUUUUUCUAGAGCUUUCAGCCACUUCUCACACUCUCCUGGAGGUCUGCUCGCUUGUCUUUUAGCUUUUUUGUGAUUCUUGUACUGUUGUUUUGUUAUAAUCUGAGUAGUAGCUGAGCAGAAACAUUUAUUUUCAGAUUAAAAAUAGUGACUGAAUCGUUAUUUACAACGCAAAAUGUCUCUACCUACAAAACCUUUUGAAGUUAGAGAUGUUUUCUUGUAAAAUUCUGCUUUGAAUCCCAAAAUUAGGACUUAAUUAUCUCUUGAAUUUUGAGAACAUUGAGCUAAUCUGCAACUAAAACUAAACUAGAGUCAUCACAAGUACAAACUUCAGGAUGUUGUAUAAACUUAACCUCGCAUGGCAGCACUGUGGCAGUAACGGGCGUUCAAACUGACAACCCCUCAGCGUCCAGACUCCUCGCAACCGCUGAUGUCGCUGCUCUACUUUUUUGUUUUUUUGUAUUUUGUAAGCAGAAAUCGUUGCUGAGACAGAAGCACUGUACACGCUGUUGUUAUUAAACCACUAAUGAAUGAAACUAAGAGUUAAAAAUACUAAUAAAAGUUGCAACAAAUGCCAACAGAGACAAAUAUGGAAUAAAUGGAAAACUGUUGAGAAGA